AUGAUUGGUGAAUUUCUCUUGCGUCUCUUUCGUAAUGAUCUGUGCUUGGACAUUGAUCCCCAAACCAUUCAGAUUGUGGAAGAUAAUGCUCCUGGCAUCACCUUUAGCAUCCAUCAUUCGGAGUGGCCAUCAUCUUCUUCUCUGUCAUCUCCUGGACGCCCCCAAAGCCAGGGGCUACCAGGGACUACAGAAUCCACUGAUGCUUCCAUUUCAUCCAGAAACGCAAGAACAUGGAGUCCUGGAGGUUUUCCAAACCAAGAAGAAAAUCCUCCGCUCACACCCAAUAUGGAGAGAUGGUCUAGCAGCCCAAACAAUGCCAGCACGCAAGAACAAGCAAGGUUGCCCCGCAGAACUUCCCUAUCGUUGUGA